AUGUAUAAAGGUUACCCGACAGAAGUUAAAAGCAGCACAGGGUAAAGGAUAACUAGACCAUAUAGUUAAUAAAAGGAGUAUAUAGAAUUGAAGUCCUCCCUUAAAUAGCAAUCGUAAUCUUGUGAUAAAUCCAACUAAUCCACUAUACAAAAAGGCAAAGUGUCGAGCAAAUAAUAAGUGAAGAACAAAAUGAAACCAACAUAAACGCGAUUUUAAUUUUAGUAACCUUAGAGUUUAUAAACAACUCAUCGUUAUAAUGAUUCUCCGUAUGUCAAGCCGCAUUAAUAAUAACAAUUAUUUGAGUUAUAGAAAACAAUAAUGGCAGAUUCCAACCGAAUGGGUAAUAUUGUGAAUCAAAUGAAGUUCCACUCACAAACAAAAUAAAAUCCGUAACAGCCAUAAAGGCAUCACAAGUCAAAUUAUACAAAUUGCUAAGAAAAAUAACCCUAGAGUUUAAAUGGUAGUUUUGAACUCAAGAAAAGAAUUUUUACUACCAAUUAGGAGGUCAAUUCAAAAUUAAAUAUCAUUACUAAAUCUAACAGAGCAUAAUCAGUGAUGGACGAAUACAAAACCACUGCCAUAGAACUGCAAUAGACAAUGAAAAUACCAGAACCCAUCCUGCCUUAACGAAUAAUACCCUAUGAUUCUGAAACUGAAUUCGAAGGAUAUAGAAAAGGAGAUUUCUUAACAUUCCAAUCAGAUGAUGAGAGUGAAAACGAGGAUUUCUUAAGGAAAGCAGGAAUUGAAAACUUCUUAAAAAACUUGACGGAUAAGGAAAUUUUGUUAUUGGAAAAAUAUAUAUAUUUAAGAAAAUAUGAUAUGAUGGCUAAAAAUCCCAAAACAUCUACAAGGAAUGAACAAUACUUAAAUAAUAAUAAUACUUCAAGAACUUCAUAAUAAUAUUAAUAAUUUUGCAAAAUUAGUAGAUAAACUAAAAAAUGA